GAGCGGGUAAGCGUUCCUUUGAUCUGAGGGCGUGUUUAAAACACGAAAUGGCGAAAUGGCACCCCAGUUAGCCUGAAUAGCGCUCAGGUUAGCCUAAAUAGCGCUCCGGUUAGCCUAAAUACCACUGAAUCGACAGUGGUUAGCGCAAAGUUUAUUAAACUGCGCAAAGCCUGAGUGGCGUGAGAGAAGACGUCUUCUUACAAAGUUCGUGACUUUGAAAACAGAAGGCUUAGCAAUACAACGCUAUAAAAAGCUGUUAACAGAGCGACGUGUUUUCGGUGUCUGUUAAAGGAACGAAAGCCAGCGUUUUCAAAGCUGACACUUUUGCGUCAAUGGAAGCUGCAAAGGGGUUUAAAUGCAUAUUGCAUGCAGUUCUUGGCCCACUCGUAAAGGUGAAAUUUUAAAACAUUUUUUGAAGGUAACAAGUCUUCGAAAUUUUUAUUGCUUAUCGAUAUGGCAAGGGUGACCUUUUCCUUUCCUCAGUAUUACUCCACAAUCGUACGCAACCCCUCUUUCACCCGUGGUCCAGGUCUCCUCGCUGAACGCGCUCAACACCUUGGAAACGACACCUGGAACUUGGAACCAGACUCUCAUUGCCUCUCAUGGCCAUGGCACAUCCAUGGCAUACCGCUGUACUUUAAACUGCAGACGCAAAUAGAAAAUGGCGGAUAAACAUGGCUUUUUUGCAGAUUUGUCGUCGACAGCAGGCAGUUUUCGAAGGUGUUACUCAUUCCUUACAACGUUUAGUGACAAGGAGAAGUUUUUAUAGUUCUUGCACACUACACCGGUCUCUACAGAACCAGCCUGUGUGUCCAGCUAAAUGUACAUUCUCCUUUGUAAGGCCAAGAUUGAGCAAUCGACCACCCACCUUCUUGUUUACUACUCAAGCUUUUCCUCUUCAACAAAAAGUUGUUGAAUCAGUUGUAAAAGAUGAGUCUUCAGCUGAAGGAGGAAAGGCAACAUCAGGGCAAAAAACAAAAAACAAAACAAAGCAAAGCAAGAAGAAAAAGGACAAAAAGAAGGGAAAGACUGGUGAAGCUGUAAAAGACACAAACUCAAAUGAAGUUGAUAAUACUGCAAGCAAGCAACAGGAUUUAGCUGCAAGCAAAAAGAAAAAAGCAAAGCAAAGCAAAUCAACAGCAAAUAACAAGAACAAAAAGCGAAAAAGUAGUGCUAAAGCUGUUGAAGCAAUAAAGGAUGGAAAUGCCAUUAAGGACCAGGAGAAUAUUGUACACAAUAUUGAUAAAAAACAGAGUUCGACUGCCAAGUAUGCUGCAACUGAUGCUAAAAUACAAACUGAACAAAUAAAUACAGAUACUAAAGGUGGAAACACAUGGAAAGAUCGUAGUAGACAGCAAAAUUCAGACAACACAUUUUCUAAGGNAUUAUCGUGCCAACUCCGCUCAAAUAAAAAGCUACUUCGCAGGAAGCCCACUCUUAAAAUAAUAUGUACAUUUGUUGAUUUCUUCUUCACAGGAGACACCUUGCAUCCCAGAUAUGCGUCCCUUUUUCAAAUCUUUGAACAUGAUGAGCUUGCUGACAUAAUGUUGGACACCAUUGUGUUUUAUGUCAAGGGACGUAUCGAAGGAGUUCCUUUGUAUGGCAUUAGUGGAGAGCUGGGCUCUGUGCUUAACCUGAAGUACAUCGUGAAACACAGAGUGCGGUCAGGGAUGUUAGACAAGAUGAAGGCCAUAUAUCAGGACUACUUUUCAUAUUUAAUGGAUGAAAAAGUUAUGGCCACAAAGAUGGCGCGAGAGUUCUGGAAUGAGCUUGAUGAUAUGUUGCCCCUUGGAGCUUCACUACAGCAAGAUGUUCCAAACUGGCCUUGGGCAACAAAAGUUGUGUUCGGUUGCUUACUGGUGGAAUGCUUCCUCAAGUCAGCUCACAUUGAUGUGAACCUCUUCAAUGAUGGCCCUGAGAAGAUUCUGCCAGCAUUUUACCACACCUACGAAUUUAAUAACGACAAGAGGUUUGGGAUAUUGAAGCCUCACCCAAUCGUUUGUAAGUUAUUCAAAGGCUACCUGGCAAAACAAGGAGAGAUUUCCAUGGAAACAACAUCAGUACCGAUGUUGGUACCGCCACGUCCCUGGCGAGCAACCAAGGAUGGAGCCUACCUUAUAUUACCGGUUGAGCUUAUUCGCAGUGCUGGUGAUGAAGACGGUCAAUAUGACAAACUACUGGAAAGUAAGACUAACAAAGAAGACUUGGUCGCCAUAUUUGACUCGCUGAACUUCCUUGGAGGGUGUGCCUGGAGAACUAACAAGAGAAUCCUGGACAUUGCCGUUCACAUGUUUAACAAUGGCGGCAAUGAAGACUUAGCUAUACCAGGACCUGUUGUACAACCAGAAGUGGAUUCAAUAUUACUAAAGUCAGCUGAUGCAGAGGAGAAAAACAAUCUAAUCCGAGAGAGGCGAUUGGCUAAGAAGCUGGCUCGUGAGCAGUACUCUCUAAGGAUGUCUGCCCUGUACAAACUCUCUGUAGCCAAUCAUUUUCGUGAUGACGUGUUCUGGCUGCCAAUCAACUUGGACUUCCGAGGAAGAGUGUAUCCCAUUCCACCGCAUUGUGCUCAUGUCGGGGACGAUCUAAAUCGAGGAAUGCUUCAGUUUGCCAAAGGUGUUCCUUUGGGCGAGAAGGGCCUUGAUUGGCUGAAGAUUCACUUGGUGACAUUACACGGGGCGAAGAAGAAAUCUUCCUUGCAAGAGCGGUUGAAUUACGCUAACGAGAUCAUGGAUGAUAUACUGGAUUCAGCUGAUAAUCCCUUGACGGGUCGAGGCUGGUGGAAGACAGCUGAUGACCCGUGGCAAACGCUGGCCACUAGCAUGGAGAUUGCAGACGCCAUGCGCUCCCCAGACCCCACGCAAUUUGUUUCCCAUCAGCCAGUGCACCAAGAUGGCUCGUGCAAUGGCCUUCAGCACUAUGCCGCUCUGGGCCAUGACAGUUAUGGUGCCAAACAAGUCAACCUGAUGCCUGCCGAUAGACCUCAAGAUGUGUAUGAAGAGGUGGCCAAACUUGUGGAAGCAGCGCGAGUGCGUGACGCAGCCGCCGGUCACGAAAUCGCCAAGGAACUUGAAGGGAAAGUUACCCGUAAAGUAGUGAAACAGACUGUGAUGACCAUCGUGUAUGGUGUCACGUUCAUUGGUGGUCGGCUGCAGAUUGAGCGACAGCUGAAAGACUUGGAUGUGGAGGGAAAUGUUCUUUUUAAGGGCUCUUAUUAUCUUGUAAACAAAGUUUUUGCCAGCAUCGGGGAGAUGUUCACUGCUGCAAGAGGAAUUCAGAACUGGUUUGCUUCGUCAGCCACACAGAUCGCUUUGUCCGGUCAUUAUGUCGACUGGUACACUCCUCUUGGCCUGUACGUCAGACAGCCCUACUGCAGAAAACCUGUGAGACAUGUCAUAAGAACCAACCUUCAAUGGCUCUUAUUACAAGCUACAGGGCUACCUGACAUUCCACCAGACACAAGGAAACAGCGCGGAGCUUUCCCGCCAAACUUCGUUCAUUCCCUGGACUCCACCCACAUGAUGCUGACCGCGCUGUAUUGUCAGCGGUCUGGGUCGACGUUUGCAUCAGUUCACGAUAGCUUCUGGACGCAUGCGGCCAAUGUGGGUGUAAUGAAUCGAAUUUGCCGUGAGCAGUUUGUCGCGCUCCACAGCGAACCAAUACUGGAAGAGCUGCACAAUACCGCUACUCCGCUAUAA